UCACCGCGACCAUCGACCAUUCUGAAGCACGGCCGGCCCGCUGGACGCGGUUCGUUUGCGUCGUCACGAGGCGGCGUGUGUGUGCGUGUGGAGCGGGGUCGCUCCGAGUGACCAGCGUUUCUUGGCGAGUCCACUUCGCAUUUUCAGCGACGCCCCCAAAUUCCGUGCCGAGUGUUCGCGGACCCUCCGGGACGGAGAGGUGGAGGAGGACUCGGCAGCGCCGCCGUCGACACGCAGCUCCGCCGCCACCGUCGGUCCGUGACUCCUGCGUGUCUGUGACGCCAGGCUGCGGACGCUUCUGGACGAGCUCUCCAGGACCCAGAGGCUGCGGCAGAGCAUGGGCAUAGGGAUCCGGGCCAAGGCUGGGCGUCUUGGCUGAAGUGUCCGGACAGUUGUCACCGCCACAUCCAGUGCCUGGCCUCGCCUCGCCUCGCCCCGCUCCCACGCUCGCAGCCAUGUCCACCGCCGUCGACGUGGCUGGCUCUUCCUCCCCAGACCAGCCGCACAGCAGCGGCAAGAUCCCCCACGAGCCUCUGAGACCCAGCCUGAGGCGCUCCAGCCACCCCUACAGCCUCUCCCACCACCUGCCCUCGUCCUCCCCGGCCGCCGCCGCCGAGCAGCAGCAGCAGCAGCAGCCGGACGCCCAGCCCAAGCCCCGCCGCGCCCCCGCCUGGCCCGACAUGUGGGAGUCGCCCAGCGGGCUGCACCUGGCUCACGCCGCCGAGCUGCUGAUGCGAGCCGGACUGCUGGCUCUGACCCCGGCCGCCGCCGAGCCGACCGGCUCAGGUGCGCCCAUCGACCAGCCGGCUGCCGACCCCAGGGGGGGGAAGGGCGAGGAGCCCGAGGAGGAGGAGGAGGAGGAGGAGGACUCGGCCGGGUGCAGGACAGACUUUCAACCCUUCCUGGGCGCCUGGUUCCCCUUCAGCCCGGCUCUGCUCCCGCUGGCCGGCUUCCAGGUGGGAGGCGGCCACUUCCGGGGCGCGGCCCUGGCCGCGGAGGGCGUGGAGGGGCUGGUGGCCGAGGGCUACUCCCCCGGCUCUCUAGGCGGCGGCGGCGGUGGCGGCGGCGGGCGGAGGAAGAGGAAGCGGUGCGGGGAGUGCGUGCCGUGCCGGCGCCAGACAAACUGCGAACAGUGCAGCAGCUGCCGCAACCGCAAGCGAGGACACCAGAUCUGUAAAUACAGGAAGUGCGAGGAGCUGAAGAGGAAGCCGGGCGGACCCGGGUUCGAGAGCCGGGUGUCGGCCUUUGACCUGAGAGGGUCUGACUUUGCUUUGGGCCUGGCACAGGAGAGAAGCAGCGGAACCUUGGACGGAUAGUAGCGACGGUCGGAGGAAGCCGGGUGGAUGAUUGUGGAGCGGCCGAGCCGGACGCUCAGCGGAUCUGGCGGCUCCGGCCUGACAACGUUCCCCUCCUUUCUUUUGACAAUCAGUGAAGUGGAGAGAUGAAGGGUCGCUGCCGGCGCCGCGCUGUACAUAGUCUGUAAAUACCUGAAAAACAUUAUGUCUUUUUUUACAUCCCUUUCCAGUUUGGAUGUAUAUGGUGUUCUCCGGGCGCCGAGGAGGCGGACGCCCGGCACUUUGGCUUCUGUUGGGACGUCGCCGCGUCCCAACUUCAGUUUAGUAUAAAUUAUUUCAUGUGCAACUUGUACUGUAAAACUGUUUGCCCUUUUGAAAUAAAGCAAUUGGC